AUGUGUCCAGAUCUUAAUGGUUCAAUCUUGCCAUUAAAGAGCCAGGAGGAGAGAGGACUGUCGAUGGAUGUUAAGUCAAAAGGAGAGCCAGUCAUCAGCGUGGAAAACAAAAAGCAAAGAACGCACAAGGAGAGGAAGGACAUUUUGUCGCUUGACCAGAUCAAAGAGCAGAGAGAGAGGGAGCGUCAAAGGCAGAGGGAACGAGAGAUUAGAGAGGUGGAGAGACGCAGACACUCUGGUGAGCGAGACCGCGACAGCCGUUCGGAGCGAGAGCGUAUCCGCCUCUUCAGGGAGCGGGAGGAGAAGGAGAGGUUGAUGAGGAAGCGCAACUGGCUGGAAGUGGAGAAAGCAGCGACUGAAUGCCGAUCGCAUGGAGCGUGAGUG